ACAUUCCAUUCAGUUACAGCUCUGACCAAACAUGUGAGCUGUGCCUCAAUUUUAAAUAAAAUCGAAUAACACGCACAACUACGAAAUGCUCAUCAAAUACAUCAAGAGACGUGCACCGGCCAAUGCCUGGGCGCAUACAAUAAAUACCUUGGUGCUUCUCUCGCUUUUGUGCCAGAUAUGCGAUACGCAGAGAGUCGACGUGCCAGCCGAAGUAAUUGUUGAUCCCAAAUUCAGCUAUCCCAUUGCAAAUGUGACAGCGCCGGUGGGACGUGACGCCUUCCUCACAUGCGUCGUGCAGGACCUGGGACCGUAUAAGGUGGCGUGGUUGCGUGUCGAUACGCAAACGAUUUUGACCAUACAGAAUCAUGUAAUAACAAAAAAUCAGCGGAUUGGCAUUGCCAACUCGGAGCACAAGACUUGGACGAUGCGCAUCAGGGACAUCAAGGAGUCCGACAGGGGCUGGUAUAUGUGCCAAAUAAAUACGGAUCCGAUGAAAAGCCAAAUGGGCUACCUGGACGUUGUUGUACCGCCGGAUAUCCUAGAUUAUCCUACAAGCACGGACAUGGUCGUACGGGAGGGCAGUAACGUGACGCUCAAAUGCGCUGCUACCGGUUCACCAGAGCCGACAAUUACAUGGCGACGUGAAAGUGGAGUGCCCAUUGAGCUGGCCAACGGCGAGGAGGUGGCCAGCAUUGAAGGCACUGAUCUGAUCAUACCUCAAGUGAAGCGUCAGCAUAUGGGCGCCUAUCUAUGCAUUGCCUCGAAUGGAGUGCCGCCCUCAGUGAGCAAGAGGAUAACUCUCGUAGUGCAUUUUCCUCCCAUGAUCAGUGUGCAGAAUCAAUUAAUUGGCGCCGUGGAAGGCAAAGGUGUUACACUGGAAUGCCAAUCGGAAGCCUAUCCCAAGUCCAUCAACUACUGGACACGUGAACGUGGAGAAAUUGUGCCACCAGAACCCAAUGGAAUGAUGAAUGAAAAUGGGAAUGUUGUUAUAACACAACAAAGUUUGCCACAAGUCUACAAGUUUUAUAAAUAUGCAUUAAGUACAGAUACUUUUGAAAGCCGUCAUAAAAAUGAACUAAAACGCAAUUCCAAUAUUUCACUUCCCCCCUCACCCACCAUAAAAAAACUAGGAAAAAAGCGCACGAAAAGCUCCGAAAUGUAUCAUUCGUCCAGGGCGCAGGAGCACAGCGGCGAGGACACUGAGAAUCCCGGUAAGCGAAAAGCCGAUUUGAGUCUCAGUGCCGAGGGUAUUGACAACAUGUAUGGAGCAUCGGCAGCUGUGUCCCAACACCCCAGACACACUGGACAGACGCUGAGCUGGCUGUGCCCCGCGAUGCUGUUGCUGAUGCGCUUGAUGUGGCGGCAAGCGCUGACAUUGACGAGGCAACUGCGAAAAACUCAACUGGCAUUGUUGCCACAAACACUGACACAUGUUUGACACAGACGCGAAUCGCUAACAGAGAUUAGGGAACAGCAGCAGUCGGAGCAGGAUGAACCGGAGUUCAAGCUGAAGCUGGAACUGAAUUUGGAUUUGGAGUUGCGAUGAUGCGGUGUCUGGCUUGAUUGAGCUUGUCAAUUGGCCAAAAGCUGGUGCCCUGAUUUAUGGCGCGUGGCUUGGUUAAAGUUAAAGUUGAUAUAAACAUAUAUCAUAAAAAAAAAAUAAAAAUACAAGUAAGAGUUGUAGCUACUAUAUAGAUAUAAAUACUAAGUCAAUCAGGCUUCCUAACUCCCCAUACGCGUGCAUGUUUAAGCUGUUGAAUCUUAGCAUAAGUUUAGCCUAAAUUUAGCAGAAUGUAAUAUACACAAAACAAAUAAUAUACACAUAAUAUAUUAUAAUAUUAUUAAUAUAGAAUAUGGCACAUGUACAUAAAGGUACAGCAAACAGAUUGUCGAGUUAAGAGUUCGUUUGUAUUGUAAAUUUAUAAAGAGACUGUAUGUGUGCAAAGUAACAUUUAAACGCGGCUAAAUUGGAUGCGAAACUCAAAGUAUUCAAGUCAACUAGCUUCUAAGGGAACUCUCGGAACGGGCUGAGCAGAAUAUCAUAUGCCAUUAAAUACAAAUAAUCAAGCGCAAAUAGCAACAAGU